CUCUCACACACACACACACACACACCCUCACACACGCCAUUAAGUUUGAGUUUUUGCUUCAUUUGAUGUAGCAGCUUUAAGUUGUUGAGCCGAUUUAAGAUUUUGGGUUUUCUACUUUGUUGGAUGUUUGUGGCUACCUUAUGUUCAAGUUGAUGAUCGUUGCGAGAGAAGCAAAGAAGUUGCGUUCUGAUGCUGGUAGCUGAUAGCAUGGCAACCCUUAUAUCAUUUGGAAGUGAUCUGGAAAAUUCUUUGGGAUGUUCUUGUUGAAGUGUUUUUGGCUGAUAGACUGCUUACAAUGUCUGGCUAUGGCCAUCAAAUUGAGCGGGAAUACUCCGCUCAGACUCUUUCCAGCAGAGGAAGUUCUGAAAUGGCAAGCCAUUCUACAUUUGAAUCGGGAAUUUAUAUUCCAUCUUUUGCUGCAAUGAUGUUGAUUGCUGCACUGGUGACAGUUGGGGUUUCAUUAAUCACUCUGUUGAUUACAUUGCUCGUAAUGCUAAAAUCCUGUGAAAGUAGGAGUGCCGGUGUUGUCGAGGUGUGGAAAUCUAGUGAUGAUUACAGUUAUUGCAAACUUUUUGCUCUUCAUGCGGAGCUCAAUCGCUUGGACAUAGAUUCUUUCCCUGCAAUUUGCAAGGAUGUUGCUGUACAGUACAUUAAACAAGGUCAAUACAUGAGAGAUUUGAAUAUCACAGUGGGGAUUGCUGAGAGGUACUUAGGCACUGUAAAACCAUCACAUGAUGGCCUAGACGUGGUGUUAAUGGACAUAGAUGACUUAUUUCUCUCAGAGUUUUAUUAUACUGAUGAUGGACUGUUGGCCAGAUUCAAUCUGUAUGGAUGUAAAGAUUGUAGUAAAGAGGCAACAAAUCUGAAACGUGUGUCCUUUGUAGAACUGUACAUGAAAAUUCGAGCUGCUGGAUGGCCAUUGGCUUUGUUAUCAAGGAAGCCUGAGAAACUACGGAAUACCACCGUAGAACAACUUAUUUCAGCUGGAUGUAGUGGUUGGUCUUCAUUAAUUAUGAGAUCAGACGAUGAAAUGCCAAUGGAUAGUUGUGAAUAUUUUACCAGAAGAAGAGGUGUGAUGCAAAGUGAAGGUUUCCAUAUCACGGCUGUGAUUAGCAGCCAGAUGGAUGCUUUAACAGGCCCAUAUCUAGGAAAGCGCAUUUUCAAGUUUCCAAACCCGAUUUAUUACAACACAGGGCACCCUAUGGAAAGCAGAAAUCUCCCACAAUAGAUUUUGUGGGACAAAAUAUCGAGAUCAGGUAAGUUACAAUAGUAAAAGGGUGAGAUCAUUGAUUUCUAGUCCAUGUAUAUUGAUUCUUUUUUGGGUGUUUCCAUGUAUAUCAGCUUCUCUGGGAAUAGUGCAUUAUACCCCAUUUGAUUGAAGGAUUUGAAUUCUGAAUGCAAAAUGUUUACUGAAGUUCUUGGC